AUGGUGUCUCAGCCUCACACUGGCCUCCGCAUGGUGCCUCAGCCUCACCCUGGCCUCCGUAUGGUGCCUCAGCCUCACACUGGCCUCCUCAUGGUGCCUCAGCCUCACCCUGGCCUCCGUAUGGUGCCUCAGCCUCACCCUGGCCUCCGUAUGGUGCCUCAGCCUCACACUGGCCUCCACAUGGUGCCUCAGCCUCACACUGGCCUCCACAUGGUGUCUCAGCCUCACACUGGCCUCCGUAUGGUGUCUCAGCCUCACACUGGCCUCCACAUGGUGCCUCAGCCUCACACUGGCCUCCGUAUGGUGCCUCAGCCUCACACUGGCCUCCGUAUGGUGCCUCAGCCUCACACUGGCCUCCACAUGGUGUCUCAGCCUCACCCUGGCCUCCGUAUGGUGCCUCAGCCUCACACUGGCAACCCUGGCCUCCACAUGGUGCCUCAGCCUCACCCUGGCCUUCACAUGGUGCCUCAGCCUCACCCUGGCCUCCACAUGGUGCCUCAGCCUCACCCUACACUGCCUCAAAUGUAUUCUGUAUGCUGUCCCCCUGGUCCUGGUUGA